GCAGAACCAGCGCAACCAACUCGCGAUGAGUGACCCGUUUGAUUUCCUCAACCCGAUUGCGUCGACCAAGACCCCAGCUGAGAAGGUUCUUAGUCAACCUAAUCAUGCUCCAGGUGGAGUUCCUCCUGCUCCAGUAGCGCCAAUGAACACCGGAAUGGGCAUGAACAUGGGAAUGUCCGCUACUCACGGCAACAUGGGAAUGGGUAUGAACACGAACAUGAACAUGGGCGCCCCACCUGCUUUCAACGGUGGUGGCAUGAACAUGAACAUGGGUGGCAUGAUGCCAGGACAAUUCGGUGCACCUGGAAUGGGUCUCGGAAUGAAUCAACCGAUGAAUCCGUUCGGUCAGCAACCUCCAGCUCAACAAGGCCCCAUGUACGACAACAUCAAGAAGCUCCUCGAGAAGAAACCCGUAGUCGAUGAUGCAUCCAUGGACUUUUUGGAGAAUCUUGGUGGUGCGAAGAGUUCGAGUCAUCCGACGAUGGAACCUGUCCGAUCUCCGGAGCACGCAGCUCCUGUGAAUCCGUUUGGUGCACCUCAACCUCCAGCUGAGCUAGACUUCAGCUUCCUUGGUGGGGGUGCCCCACCUACUUCUGCUCCGAUCCAGCCAGCGUCGCCAGCUUCUGGAAGCAAGUCAAGCGCUCUUGCAAGCCGCCUCGCUCACGGUAAACGACCAACCCAAGAGGCUGCACGGAAGAACCUCGGAUUCAACGCAGGUGCAUUUGCUAGCUCUGGUCACGCGAAGAUUUCACUCAAGACAGUAGCGGGGGCCCCUGCUUCAUCGGCCCCUACCGGUGAGCCCACUCUUGAUGAUUUCGCUGCUGGCAAUGCACCGUUGGCACCAGUCGACGAUAUAUUUGCAGCCACGCCAACUAACCCUCCUGCGAAUCCUGCCACAUCGAGCUCCAAUGACAUUUUCUGGUAGAGCGGAGCGAGUUACUCAAGGAGCGACACCUUCGUCGUGAUAUCUAACAAAUUCAAUCUACCCAAUCUUUCCCUUACGUCUUUAAAUUCAUGUAAAUAAAUUUUCUUACAGUAUUAA